AUGAACUGUGUGACCACUUCUUCUUUCAUGAUCAACAUUAAAGGCAAUUUUCAUGGUUUUUUUUUUCAAGGAAAGAGAGGCUUGAGGCAAGGAUGUCCCUUAUCCCCUUAUUUGUUUACUCUUGUCAUGGAGGUUUUCAAUCUCAUGCUUAAAAGAAGUAUUAGAGAGAAUGUUGGGUUCAAGUAUCAUUGGAGAUGUGGCACUCAGAAGAUAACCCAUUUAUGCUUUGCUGAUGAUUUGAUGCUUUUUUGCCCUGGAAAUAUUGGGUCUAUAAGAAUCAUAAAGAAAGUUAUGGAUGAGUUUGUUGGAGCUGCUGGUCUUAUCCCUAACUUGUCCAAGAGUCACAUUUUUUUUGGUAAUGUGAAGGAGCCUUUAAAAAGAAGGAUCCUUGAUGUGCUUCCUUUUGUUGAAGGCAAACUUCCUAUGAAGUAUUUAGGAAUUCCUCUUCUGAAUGAUCAAGGUAGUUAUGCAGAAAAAGUGCAAAAAUGUAGAGAAGAAUUGGAUAAAGUGCAAAUUGAGCUGGAUAAUGAUCCUUAUAAUGGAGAUUUACGUUCUGAAGAAGGAUUUUAUCUACAAGCUUUCCUUAAUGCCAGUAUUGAAGAAGAAAAGAUUUUAAAACAAAGAGCUAAAGUGCAGUGGUUGAAGGAAGGAGACUGUAAGUCUGCCUAUUUCCAUAAAGUUGUCAAAGGAAAUAUUAACAGAAACAAAGUUGAAACCAUUAUGGAUAAUGAUGGCAAAUGGAAAGAAAGUGAUGAAGCUUUUAAGCAGAUUGUGAAAUAUUUCAAUGACUUUUUGGGUGUUGAUCGCAAUGUCAGGCCCAUUAUCAGUCCUAAAGAUCUUUUUGAGAACAAGUUGACUCAUGUUCAAGCUUUAAAUAUGGUCAAAGAGAUAACAUGUGAUGAAAUUAAAGCUGCGUUAUUUGAUAUUGAUGAAGACAAAGCUCUAGGGUCCGAUGGAUACACGUCUAAGUUUUUUAAGGGUGCUUGGGUUAUAGUGGGAGAUGAUUUUUGUAAAGCUGUGAAAGAAUUUUUUUUAAAGAAAAAAAUUCUUAAGGAGAUCAAUGCUAUUGCCAUAGCUCUUGUUCCUAAAGUUUAG